GAAAAAAUUAAGAGAAAAUAAUAAUCAUCCUCCGCUUUCACCGAAUGUGAACUGUCUUUCUUACUUUCUUCUUUUGUUCUCUCCAUCGAGUUCUCAAACUCGUCAAAUCUAAACAAUUUCCUGUCAUCAACUUUUAUUUUAUUUUUCAUUCAAUGACCCAGAGAAUUACAUAUAAUUAAAAAAAAAAGAGAGGCAUGAACGGUAUUAGAGACAGAGUGUAUGAGAAGGUUUCCAAAUUAUUUUCCGAUUCGCAAUCUUGUCGUGAGGCGACAGAUCAAGAUCCUGAGGUCAGGCAACAUGUGAAAACCGAGAAAUCACCAUCUUCUGUACUGUCCUUCAUUCUCCCUUCGGCUAGUUUCGACUGGAUCAGGACAAAAGCACAGGGAAAUGAGGCUAAUAAUGAGCCGAAAUUUACUGACUCAAGCUCGUUUAAGUGGAAAAGGAAAUCUUUUUCAUUGAAAAAUAAACCAUUGGACAAAGAAUGUCAUUUAGAAACCGAACCAGGGUCCGGGACAAGCAGUAGUAGCGGCUCGGAUGUAUUUGAAGAUGCUGUGGCCCCACAUUCUUUCGAGAAACCCGUUCCGAGCUUUCUGGAAGAUUCUCUUUUUAUUUCUCAAGAUUUGUUCGAUUUUUUCGAGGCGUCUCUUCCUAAUAUAGGCAGUACUGUAAGAGAUGGCAUAUCACUUCACACCCUUGUCCGGAAGAGCACAUGCCUUAGUGGUCCUUGCCUAUUGAUAACUGGAGAUAAACAAGGUGCUGUAUUUGGUGGAUUACUUGACUGCCCCUUGAAGCCUACUUCGAAAAGGAGAUAUCAAGGGACAAAUCAGAGUUUCGUCUUCACAACCUUGUAUGGCGAACCGAGGCUGUUUAGACCAACUGGUGCGAACAGAUACUUUUAUCUGUGCUUAAAUGAGUUGAUUGCACUUGGGGGUGGUGCGAAUUUCGCGUUAUCCUUGAAUGAAGAUUUGUGAGUUCUUCCAUAUUCCAAGAUUGAAUUUUUAUUUUAUAAUUUAAUAAGUUGGGAAUAUAUGAUUGUAAACUCGAUUCUUCACUGUAGAUUAUCUGGAACAAGUGGCCCUUGUGAAACAUUUGGCAACUCAUGCUUAGCUCAUAAUCAAGAGUUUGAACUAAAGAAUGUAGAGGUAUUUUGUUUUUCAGAUUAGUUUCGAAAGAUACCCUUGAAGAUAAGUCUAAUUGUGGAAAAAUCUAGCUGUUUUUUUUAUAGUUAUAAAUCUUCCUUGGAUUUUAUUUCUGUAUUUACAAAUUAACCCCGUAAUAGAGGGUAUUUUUUAAAAAAUGUAUAUGAAUGUGGUAUCGUAAUACAUUAAUCUGGAUAUUCGAAUUUUUCGGAGAAUUGUUUUUUGGUGCUAUUUGGCCUAACUUCAAGGGUAUCUUUUGCAAUUAUGCUUUUGUUUUAUAUUAUGACUGUGUUUGAUAAGCAUAUAAGUUAGGUUAUAACGUAUUUUAUAAGUUUUAUGUAUUCAAAUGGUUUGGCAAGGACAAGCUUUUCAAAAAAGCUCGAGCUUAUCUAUACAUAAGCUUCCUUGAGUAGCUUUU